AUGGCUUUGAAGCUUUCAAGGCGUCAUUCUGCCGCUUCUAGGAGCAGAUCGUGCACUUUGGGCACGGUAGGUGGUGGUUCAAGCUCGUUGUCUAAUACGGGCAGCAGCAGCCUUGACUUGAAGAUGGCUGCUAAGGCUAACUUGCAAAAUCUGCAGUCUCAAGAUAUGGAACCCAUUGCUUCACCAGACGAAGAAGACCUUGUUUUGCUUCCUAUCGAUCCUGUUGAUAAAUCAAUUCCACCUUGUUCUUCGGAGGAGUUGACUCCUAUUAUCCCUCUUACUUUGGAAGAAUUGCAGGAAAGUUUAUCUAUGGAUUUAACCUCUCCUUUGCUAACCCGGGGAGAGUUCUUUACUACUGUUGACACUCUUCCUCACAACAAUCAACGGUCUCCCAUAUCUAGGAAGCGUCCAUUGAUUAUAUCGACUCUAAGCACUACUAGUACGACAGCUACUUUAGCUACUGCUACAUCUGUCAACGCUGAUGGUUUUGACCUAUUUUCCGAUGAUACUACUUGCUCUGGAGGAUACUCUGUUUCUUCAAAUGGGGUGCAUACGCCCAGCAGUAUCUCCAAUGUCAAUAUAACUAACAACAGCAUCAACAACAACCACAGCCCUGGCACAACCAACAGUAUAGGGCUUUAUUCAAUUCUUAAAGAAGAAGAGUAUAAAGAUCAUGUUGAUCCACUCUUCUUCAAAGCCAACCAAAUAGAUCACUUUGAUCGGCAUCUAGACAGAAAGAAUAACGAUAAACUGGCUGAUCAGAUGGCUCUAAACAUUCUUCAUAAUAUUGCUGAGGAAGAGGCAGAUGAGUUAACAAAGCUCAGGGAGGAGAUUCCGGUGCACUUCUCUGCUGGUGGUGCAAAAUGUUGA